AUGUCUCAAUCCAAGGCCGACAAGAUCAACGAGGCUCAGUCCAACCUGCCUCUCCCCGAGCAGCCCCCGGUCGCAUCUGACUGGCAAUCCGCCGACGCCCGCAACGUCAACGUUGGAUCAGGCCGUGACGUGACGAGCGACAUCUCUACCGGUGCCGCCUCAACCGCUGGCCUGCGUGAGCCCGCCACCAAGUCCUCAGAGGCAACUGACAUGAGCAACAUCGGUCGCGAGGGCAAGGACAACCUGGACGGCCCUCCCAAGGACGCCGCCGCGUGA